GGAGAAGAGAAAUCAUCAGUUUAGCCCGCUGCUAGCUUCCUGUCUGUAGCAGAUGUGUUAUGAGCGUAGAAACAGGAAUCAGUAGAUUAUUUUACUUUCGAUAGGUGCAACGAUGACCCUCUGACACCAAGGAUGGACAUAAGUUAACAAUGACGGGGGAGAAAAAGAAGAAAAAGCGGCUGAACCGCAGCAUUCUUCUGGCAAAGAAAAUUAUAAUAAAAGAUGGAGGAAGUCCUCAGGGAAUCGGCGAGCCCAGUGUUUACCAUGCUGUGGUGGUCAUCUUCCUGGAGUUCUUUGCAUGGGGUCUCCUUACCACCCCGAUGCUCGCGGUAUUACACCAGACAUUCCCCCAACACACAUUCCUGAUGAAUGGGCUCAUCCAUGGCGUCAAGGGCCUAUUAUCAUUUCUGAGUGCUCCGCUGAUCGGAGCUCUCUCAGACGUAUGGGGACGCAAGUCCUUCUUGCUGCUAACGGUCUUCUUCACGUGUGCACCCAUUCCUCUGAUGAAGAUCAGCCCAUGGUGGUACUUUGCGGUCAUCUCCAUGUCGGGCGUCUUUGCCGUCACCUUCUCUGUGAUCUUUGCCUAUGUGGCAGACAUCACGCAGGAGCAUGAGAGGAGCACAGCAUACGGUUUGGUAUCAGCUACCUUUGCAGCCAGCCUGGUCACCAGUCCGGCCAUUGGCGCGUACCUGUCUGUGACUUACGGUGACACCUUGGUGGUGAUCCUGGCCACAGCCAUCGCCCUGCUCGACAUCUGCUUCAUUCUGGUGGCCGUACCGGAGUCCCUGCCCGAGAAGAUGAGGCCAGCGUCAUGGGGAGCGCCCAUCUCAUGGGAGCAGGCAGACCCCUUCGCUUCUCUGCGUAAGGUGGGCCAGGACUCCACAGUGCUCCUCAUCUGUAUUACAGUGUUUCUCUCCUACCUCCCAGAGGCCGGACAGUACUCCAGUUUCUUCCUCUAUCUCAGACAGGUCAUACGUUUUUCAUCAGAGACAGUGGCUGCCUUUAUCGCUGUGGUGGGGAUCCUCUCAAUAUUAGCUCAGACGGUGGUUCUGGGGAUCCUGAUGCGCUCAAUAGGGAAUAAGAACACAAUCCUGCUCGGCCUCGGCUUCCAGAUCCUCCAGCUGGCGUGGUACGGCUUCGGCUCCCAGCCCUGGAUGAUGUGGGCUGCCGGAGCUGUUGCAGCCAUGUCUAGCAUCACUUUCCCUGCUAUCAGUGCCAUUGUGUCCCGUAACGCAGACCCUGACCAACAAGGUGUCGUCCAGGGGAUGAUCACUGGGAUCCGGGGCCUGUGUAAUGGCUUGGGCCCUGCUCUUUACGGUUUUGUGUUUUACCUGUUCCAUGUGGAGCUGACGGACACUGACGGCUCCGACAAAGGUGCCAAACCCAACAUGGCCAACCCCACUGAUGAGAGUUCCAUCAUCCCAGGUCCUCCCUUCCUGUUUGGAGCAUGCUCAGUGUUGCUCUCUCUGCUGGUGGCGCUGUUUAUCCCGGAGCACACGGGGCCUGGCAUGCGGCCCGGGGCCUAUAAGAAGCACAGCAACGGGGCACAGAGUCACUCCCACAGCCCUCAAGGAAGCGGGGCCGAGGGCAAGGAGCCGCUGCUGGAAGACAGCAGUGUAUAACCUCAGCUAAGGGGGGCAGACACCUUUGCUCCAACCUCCUGCACACAUAGACAGAUACACACAUUUUGGACACACUAUUGCCUCAGGCAAACAUCAGACUUCAAUGCCAUGAAGAGGUGUUUGUGUCCACAGCACAAAACGUGGCCACUCCCACUUUAGCAGCCCUUUU